AUGGACAAAGUUCAGGUUCAAAAUUUUUCUGAUGAAAAAUGUUUAAGGCAAAGAUUACCCAACAUCAUCGGCAUCAUUAAUAUGGUCAUCAUCGUCACUGUGGCUGUGCCUCCAGUGAUCGAUGAUGUCAGCAGCAGCAGUGAUGUCACCGUAGACGAGGGCAGUGAUGUAGUGAUGACCUGUGAAGCCAGAGGGGAUCCACACCCAGUCAUACGCUGGGUUAGAGAGGACGGUCGGAGAUUCAACCUCAACUUCUCUUCCACUGUGGAGGAGCAGGUGGGACGAUCACUGAAGUUGUGGUCAGUGAGCCACAACACCAGCGGUGCCUUCCUCUGUAUAGCUACCAACGGUGUUCCUCCCUCCGUCAGCAAGAGAAUCCUACUCACUGUCAACUCUGCGCCCAGGAUCGUGCAGGAGGGCGAGAGUGGGCGUGUGGGCGCACCGGCUGAGGGCGUGGCCACCCUUAUUUGCUCCUUCCACGCACGCCCACUUGCUGAGGUGCGCUGGGACCGUGGUCCACGCCAGGUCAAAGUUCAUGGUCCAGGGGUCACCAUAGACACUACCAGUGACCAGGAGACGGGGCUGUGGAGAUCAGUACUGACAGUACAUAUGAAGAAAGCCAGUGACUUCGGCCAGUAUCGAUGCCUAGUCCGCAAUCGUCUGGGCACUGACCAAGUCUUCUUCCAUGUUACUGCUGUGGAGACAACGACGUCUGUGAGUCCAAAGAGAUUCAUCCCAAGACAAGGGAGAGUCAGUUGGGAGUCGACCCUGAGGACCAGCAGCGACAAACGCCCCUCAGCUUUGGAUCGUAUUUUGGAUUCACUUCCAUCUAUUCUGCCCAAUCACAGUAACCUCCUCGCUGAAAGUCCCAUCUUUGACACAGACUUCGAAUUUUUAAUGGAGAGUAAGUAA